GAUAUAUUACAUACGAAGUCACAUGAUGUUACAUGCAUUUCAACAGUUUGCCCAGUUCCACGGCAACCUUUAUAUGGAUCGGCAGUAUACAUGUGCAGAUAUCCUAGUUGUCGUGUCUCAUACCGGUGUCCCGCAUUACCUGUUUUUCCUCGACCUCAUCAGUUUGCGACUUGUCAAGCAAACGGUAUAUGGGACAACAAUGAUCCAGCAGAUUGUUUCAUUGGAGGAUGUCCAAGGCUUACUCUACCAACUAAUGGACAAAUGAGUGAGGCCCAGUGUGGGGAUUGGACCUCCGGUUGCGUUGUUACAUUCACUUGUGACGAAGGGUACACACUUGAUGGCCCCAAUCAAAUGACCUGUCAACACAACAGUACAUGGAGCCCAACAAAUAAUCCUCCUGAAUGCAAAAUUCGUAAGUCAAAGAUUUAUACACUCAAUAAAGAUUUUAAAAUUUAACUACUUUAUACACUUUUUUAA